CCAUGAUCCACUUCUGCCUCACAUCAUCUCCAUCUUCGACUCAUCCCCCAGAUUCUGCUCAGGUCGACUCUCUCCGACCACUUUAGGGCCUCAACUUCUCGCUCUCUCGCCUGUCUCCUCACCUCGCCCAGACUGCGGCCCACCAAUGUCACAGCCACAGGCAGAGUCGUCCCGCGGCGUGAAGCGAAAGACCUCCCCACCUGCCAAGAAGCAGAAGUUCUCGCGCGCGCGUACGGCGUGCUUUCAGUGUCGGCAACGCAAGUCGAAGUGUGGCGCACAGCCGCCACAUCCUUGUCCGAACUGCGUUGAGGCCGACCUGCCGUGCUCUUGGCCAACCGAGGACGGGCGGUCAUCCAAAGCGCGAUUGCAGCGGUACAGGAGCCAGCAGCUGGGGCUAGGAGCCAAACCGACCGAGCUUGGAGAGGGGUGGCUUGACCGCCUGCUGGCGGGGGGUGCGCUAGGCAAUGGGCUGGCAACAGUACCGGAUUACAUGAGUCAGGCGCCGCCCACAGUGUCAAUGACGCCCUCGAUAUUUCCACCAGAGUUAGGAGGGGUAGGCGCUCCGGUAGAUCCGGCUCAGUUUGUCUGGGCCGUGAGCUCUCGUCUCCCCACGGUUGAAGAUGCAUCGCCGGCCGAUGGAUCGACUGGGCCGUCGCCGAGAAGGGAGCCGGAACGACUUGUCAAGGUCUCGUGGUGGCGCCCUCAUGGGAAAACGGCCAUCGCACCCGGCCUGAAGCGAUAUACUUUGAAAGUGCGAGUACACACGCCAAGGGAGAGCUGGGAGAAGGGUUCGCCCGCGGUCACCAUCGGCACGGGUGAGGUGGCGCAGGAGCUGAUCGCGCCGGAUGGGGCGCCGAGCACGCCAGUCAUGCAGCAUCUGCUGGACAUCUUUGCCACUCACUUCGGGUGCCAGUUCCCCUUCGUGGAUCGCGCCGACCUGGAGACCAAAAUCGAGAGCCGGACCGCGUCUGUAUUCCUGCUCCUCUCCAUUGCGGCCAUUGCGGCCCGCUUCUCCUCCCAUCCCGCCAUCGCACGCCCCGACCUCCAACCUUACGAGUACGGAAACGUGUUCUACACCCGCGCCAAGGCGAUGCUGGGGAGCAUGUUGGGCAUUCCCUCGCGCGAGGCGGUUGCGGCCUUUGUGCUGCUGGCGCACAUGGGGUUCGCAGCCGACUCAGAGAGCGAGGUAUGGAUGAUGACUGGCCUGGCCGUGCGCAUGGCCAUCGACCCCGGCCUCCACGUCAAUCCGCCCGAAGAGUCGGCAAUGAGCGCCGAGGAUAGGAGGCUGAACCGGCUGGUCUUCGCCAGCGUCUUGCUCAUGGACUAUGCGCUCGCAUUCGGCGUUGGCCGCCAGACAACCUUUAGACCGGAAGACAUCUCUCAGACCCUUCCAACCGCUGAAGACUUGAACGCCGGCGGCAACGUGAAAGACACCCGCUCACCGUUCCCUUUCGCAGUCAAGAUGAUGACUUCGUACGGCCCGCUCAUUAACAGCCUAAACCGCGCGCGGGGCGGCGACCGCGACUACCUCGCCGCCCGCGCCGCCUGCAUUAGGGAGUACUCCGCCUUGCCGCCAGAUAUGCAGUGGAACGUGACCAAUCUCCAGCGCCAAGCCGCCGCGCAGCAAGGCAGCAUGUUCCUGCAUCUCCACCUGUGGAUGCACACGAUACUGGCCUCAGAGUUCCUCACCGGUGCCAACGAACGGAACGGUGCAUCGGCAAGCCUGUGGCGCAACUCAGUGCGCACGAUCGGCGACAUCCUCGUCUUGUCCGACAUCAUCGCUCCCCACGCAUAUUUUGCGCUGCCAUUCACGAACCAGGCGUGGUUCGUGGCCGGGUGCUGCUACGUCAAGGAGAUCGAGAUGCAGGCGAGCCGGCCGCCGUCGCGCGCAGCGUCUCCUGUGCGGGCUGCCGCUCACGCGCAAGGAGGGGAGGGAGAGGAGCAGACCAAUGAGGGAGAUGAGGACAGUUCCGACUCCGAAAGCGAGUCUGCGCCCCUCGACAUGUCGCGCGCGCUCCUCACCUCCGUUGCGACUACCAAUAUCAACACGCUAAAGGGCGGCCUCGAGAAGCUUGCACGGUACUGGUACGGUGCCGAGUGGAUCGCGGGCACGCUGCAACAACGCAUCGAUGGCAUGCACGAUGUCGACCUCGGUGUCGUGCGAGAGAACUUUGCGAGCUACGUUUCGAUGCCUGACGCCGGUGCCGCGCACUCCGACACCGAUCGCCAAGAGCUCUCGGCACUGGAGCUCGAUUUCCUGAACCUGCCCUUUGACCUGGCAGAGGGGAGUGCGACCGAAACGGACGUGCCGCUCCCUCUGUUCCCUUAUGCGGUCAGCUAAGUAUGCUUACCGACUCUUCUUGACGCACGUCCGAGCAGUUUCGGCGUUGAGCAUGUGAACAAUACCUGUUAGACCUACGUCAGUACCGGGCUUCGUACAAUCAGUCGUGAUCCAUGCAUUGCAUCUACUUCUC